GCGAGACACAGACGAAGACGGGGCGAAAUCAAGUCGCAGACGGAGGAAGGCAAGAAAAAGAGGGAGAUCUUGACAAACUAAAAAAACCAUUAAAAUGUCAGGACGGUCCGUGCGAGCAGAGACACGCAGCCGCGCCAAAGAUGAUAUCAAAAAAGUGAUGGCGGCAAUUGAAAGGGUCCGUCGGUGGGAAAAAAAGUGGGUUACAGUGGGAGAUACAUCAUUACGGAUUUUCAAAUGGGUCCCGGUUACAGAAACUAAACAGAUAUACAAGCCUAAAGUGUCAGGGACAGCAGUGAGGGAACUGAAGGGCUUUCCUACGGAUGUAGUGUUAGAAAACGCCCGCUCUGUGCUACUGGAUUUUCAGGAUGACAACAGUAACCAGAGUUUCCUAUCAGAUGCCUAUCAGUCUAAUACCAAAGUGGACAGCAGCAGCAACUCCAGUCCACAGCACGUGAGUGAGGCAGUGAGCCCUUCACACACACCCUACUUCCGUACAGAGGACUCCCAGCCGCCCACCCUGGGACAGGAGACCAUGGAUGCUGAGAGAGAGACAUCAACAACCAGCAGUGAGGUAACAGAUGAGCCUCCGACCCUCAUUAAAGAAGAUAUGUUGUCUCUCUCUACUCAGGAGGAAGAGGAGGUGACUGGAGCCCCACCGCUAAAAAGAGUUUGCACCGAGCAAAACUCAACUCUCAGUUAGCACCAUUAUGCUGGACAUUACAGGUCAAAAGUGUAGAAGUAUUUCUAAAAGAGACUAAAUUGUACAUUUAAAAGACUUUUUACAUCCUGCCAAAUGCCUGAAAUUCACUUUUAACGGAUAAAGAAAAACGUUUUUUUUGUACUUUAAAAAGGUCACCUUAGAUCUUGUCAGGUAUUUUCUAAAGGUAAACAGUUUGUAUUGCAUGUUUCUCAAUCUAAAUCGAGAAAGGACUUUGUCAGUAUAAUACAUGUGACUGCAUGGAGUAAUGAUUAUAUGCAGUAUGACUAAACAGUUGAAUUUUAAUAUGUUAGUUUGUUUUGUGUUUGUGGCAUUUCUAAAGAUUAUACAAAUAAGUUUUAUUGACCUGUUUUCUUGCAUUUAUAUGCAUUAAGGGCAGUUUUAAAUAACAUCUGUGUCAUCUGUUUCUUGAUUUGUUUGUUAUUGUUCAAUGAACUGCAUCAAAUUACCAAACCUUUUAUAAAAAA